UGUGUGUGUGUCUCUGAGUGUGUGGUGCCUGUGUGUCUCAGUGGUGUCCAUGCAUAUUUUUCUGUGUGGUGUGUCUGUUUGUGUGUGUGUGAAUCUACGUGUGUGUUUGUCCAUCUUUUUGUCUGGCCAAACCACACGAUCAACCACACGAUCAACCACACGGACUGCCUGGUCUCCGCGCUGCACCACUGCUUCGACGGCCCCACGGGGGAGCUGGCCCACGCCUUCUUCCCCCGCGGCAUCCACUUCGACGAUAGCGAGUACUGGGUCCUGGGCCCCAAGCGCUACAGCUGGAAGAAAGGCGUGUGGCUCACGGACCUGGUGCACGUGGCGGCCCACGAGAUCGGCCACGCGCUGGGCCUGAUGCACUCACAACACGGCCGGGCGCUCAUGCACCUGAACGCCACGCUGCGCGGCUGGAAGGCGUUGUCCCAGGACGAGCUGUGGGGGCUGCACCGGCUCUACGGAUGCCUCGACAGGCUGUUCGUGUGCGCGUCCUGGGCGCGGAGGGGCUUCUGCGACGCUCGCCGGCGGCUCAUGAAGAGGCUCUGCCCCAGCAGCUGCGACUUCUGCUACGAAUUCCCCUUCCCCACGGUGGCCGCCACCCCACCGCCCCCCAGGACCAAAACCAGGCUGGUGCCUGAGGGCAGGAACGUGACCUUCCGCUGCGGCCAGAAGAUCCUCCACAAGAAAGGGAAAGUGUACUGGUACAAGGACCAGGAGCUCCUGGAGUUCUCCUACCCCGGCUACCUGGCCCUGGGCGAGGCGCACCUGAGCAUCAUCGCCAACGCCGUCAACGAGGGCACCUACACCUGCGUGGUGCGCCGCCAGCAGCGCGUGCUAACCACCUACUCAUGGCGAGUCCGUGUGCGGGGCUGAGCCCGGCUGAUAAAGCACUUUCUCUCUGA